CAUCUGCUUAAAGUAAAUAAUCUGAUCGGAAUUUAUCGCCAAUAUCGUUGAUGAAAAUAUUGAACAGCAUCAGUCCGAGAUGUGAUCCUUGUGGGAUGCCUGAGGUUGCUCUAUAUUCAGUUGAUGUGUGGCCAUUUACCCGUACUUGGAGAAAUCUUCCUGUCAGAUAUGAAUGAAACCAGUCCAGUGCUUUGCCCCUUACUCCAUAUCAAUUAAGUUUAUUACAUAAUAUUUCGUAGUUUACCACAUCGAAGGCUUUGCUGAAAUCCGUAUAUACCGCAUGUACAUCUUUACCUUGAUUCAUCUGGUCCAGUACGUAGUUGAAUAAUAACGAAUAUAAAUGAAGAUUUGUUGUGGUAGAUCUGCCGUUGAUAAAACCGUGUUGUUUUGUAGAAAUAAUGUUUUCGAAAGGAAAGGUUAUUUGAGGCAAAAUAAUUUUUUCGAAUAGUUUGGGUAUUGAAGAUUGAAUGCAUAUAGGUCCAUAAUUAGUUACUGUUGAUUUGGAUCCUGAUUUAUGAAUAGGGCUAAUGUAGGAGAAUUUUCAAGCGUUUAGGAAGAUGCCAAAUUCUACUGAUUUGCUGAAGAUAUGGGAUAACGGUUCGGAAUGUCCAGCAGCACAAUUUCUCAAAAGCUGCUUCGGUAUUCCAUCGUGUCCAGCACCUUUUUUAAUGUCCAACUUACAUAAUUGAUCAAAAACAUCAUCAAAGCGGACACUCAGCUCCGUGAGGUUGACAUCCUGGUUGACUAAGAAUUCUUCAUUUAUUGUUGUGAAAUCAUUCGAAUUGUCUUCAUAAAUGCUUUCAUAAUACGAUGCGAAUAAAUUAGUCAUUUUGUUUCCACUUCUUGCCGUCUCUGAGUUCCAGGACAUAGUUAAUGGAAUGUUAAGAUCACUUCGCCUCUUGUUUUUAAUAUAUUUCCCAAAAUAACUGGCAUCCAUUUUCAUCUUCUCCUCAGUUUUUGAUAUAUAAUCAUUGUAACAUUUUUCACUCAUUUUUUUACAUUCUGCUCUUAAUUUUCGAAACUGAUUAUAUGUGACAUUUGUUCUGAAUCUUUUAUAAUUCAUAUGUGCUUUCUUUUUUUGUUUUAUAUUGUAGAUCAAAUCUUUAGAAAACAAAACAAGGAUAAUUUUUAGAAUUAUCAGUAUAUAUUGGCACAAAUCGAGCAAUCCCUUCAUUAAUUUUAUCAUAGAAUAAAUUAACCUUAUCAUCUACUGAUUGUAACUCGUAGAGAUCAAGCCAGUUACUGCGUAAAAAGGUGUUCAGUUCUUUGUAAUUUGCCUUAUUGAAAUUGUACGUUGGUGCUUUGUUUAUUUCAAGACUAGCUUGGGUAUCAACUCGUAUACUUAACGCUGGGUGGUGUUUAUCUUCAUCAAUGAUGGCAUCUGUUUUUCUCACUUUUAUGUGUACACUGCUGAAACAUAAAUCAAGAAUUUUAUCAUUUAGGUUAUAAUUUUCUUUAAACUGUUGACAGUUAUUCAGGAGCAUCUCACUAUAUAACAUUUUUUCACAAUCUGAACCAGGGGAACUACUGGGGAGAUUGUAAUCACCCAUGAUUAAUAGCUCACAGUUCGGGUAUCUUCUCUUCAAAAUCGAUAUCGUAUCUAGAUGCUUAUUAUAUAUGUCUAUCGCUGUCAUGGGUGGAAUAUAUAUACAUCCAAUUAUAAUAUCAUUUCCAAAACAUAUAAUUUUCGUGUAUACCUGUCAUCAAUAACUAAAAGUUCUGUUGAUAUAUUACGUUUAACAGCUAUGAAGACUCCACCUCCACAUUCACAAUCACUUGUCGUUUGAUCUCUGACUUUUCUGUACAUUAUGUAGGUAUCAUUUAUAAUUUCUCCAUCGGAAAUAGAUGAAUGUAGCCACGACUCGCUAACACAUAUGAUAUCACAGGGAUAAUUUACAGUAGAAGUUAAGAAAUUUCUCAGUUUAGUCCUCAGGUCUCUGUUCUGAUAAUAGAUUAGUAAUUCAUUUUUCUUUUGGCUUCUCUUUUGGCGUACGAAAAAUUUCUUUAUUUACUAUUCUUGGUAUCCCAUUUACAUAUUUAAUGGUUUUGUCCUCAUUUGUAUUUUUGUUUAUGUUGUCCAGUUCAGAACGUAGUGCAUUGAGAUGACUUCUUUGAGCUGGAGUGAGGUUUGAAUUGAAUACAGCAUUCAUUUCGUUGGUGGGUUUGAUCUUCAGCAAGGUUCUAGCUUCAGUUACGGAUUGAGUUUUAAUUAACAACGGACGAGUUUUUCCUUCUGAAUGUCGACCUAGCCGACGAAGUUUAAAAUUUGGCGCCGUUUCUGCUAUCUCCUGAGGAAUAAGGGUUGAUAUUUUUUCAUAAUCAUCUUGUCGUCGUUUAGCUCCCACCGGUUUUUUGGAUUCCAUAACAUUGUAAACAAUGGCUUCGGUUUCACGUUUUCUACGCUCAUUUAUUUCAGCUAUUAUGUCAUCGGCGUUAUUAGGAGAUUCACUAAUUGACGUUUGUUUAUUUACAGCUAUUUGAACCCUUUCUUCUAAUUGCUUGUAAUUUUGAGCAAGGAUUUUGUUUUGUUCAAUAUAUUUGUUCAGUUCUGGCUUAAUAUUUGUAACGUUGCUCUCAAUUCUAUUCAUUUUCUCUCUGAAGGGAGUCAGGUAUUUUUCGAACAUUUGUUCCAUUUUAUCCAAGUAGUAGGUUGUUGGUAGGCUGCAAUGAUAGGUCGAAAUCUUCUUCAUUCUCAUCAUCAGAUUCAACUAAGCUAAUAUUGGACUUACAUCUAGAGCAUUGCCAAUAGUACGACCUGUCUUUUUUAUAUUCUGCGACAAUCUUUUUGAAUUUUUCUUCAUUUAAAUCAGUGCACUUCUUGUGGAACCAGUUUUUGCAAUCAAUACAACUCAAGCUUGCACUAUUUUCUCGAAUUUGCUUAGUGCAACUCGUGCACACGUAUAUAUUGGAAGCCAUCCCUACAUUUGUUCAUAUAAUUUCAUGUACGUUCGUGAGAAAGCAAUGCGUGGUUUGUCUUUCUUAUGAUAUUUUUGGUAGUGAUUCUUAAUCAGCGUAUGAUUUUGUGACGUUAUAAAUUAUUAAUUUCCAUAUUGACUUUUGUAUGUUAAAAUGAUCUAAAUUAAGAGUCCUUAAGUAGCCUUUAUUUCCCUGAUGAUUGUUUAAUAAUUUUGAUUGAGUGUUUUGAAAAUGGGUCAUGCUAUAUUUUUCUGUAGUUCGCAGAACCCUUGUUAUUUUAAAAAAUAUUGCAGUCUUAAAUUCGCAAUUAUGGCACUUAAUUUGCUUAUAACUAGCCUUUAAUUUCGCAUAUAGUGAUUUUUGUUUCUGCUAAUAGGAUCCUGCUAACUUUAGAGACAUGAUAAAAUACCUUGUGUGAGCCAAAACUGUCAGAAACAUGUGAUAUUAGUUUCAUUAUGAAGGUUAAUGUCAUAUCGUGUCAUAUCUGUUUCCAAGGUUCUGAUGAUGUAAAUAGUUUGAUUUAAAUCACUAUAGAGAGGAUUUUUUGCCCUAAAAUAUAUUUAAAUAUGCUUUUAAAAGUGUGCAUUAAUUACUUCAACAUUUCAAAAUAUGCAGUUUAAUAUGAACAAAUUAACAAGAUUUAUAUUUCUUCUAAAAAUCUUUAUUGAUAAAAUAAUGAACAAGCAUGCUGGGAAUGAAAAGAGAGAUUUUUACGCCAACGUGAUAUAAACUACCUUACUUUUUGGAAGAAACAAUGCAAAUAAAUAUUCACCUUGGUUCUUUCAUACUUGGCACUUUCUGUUCGUUUUAAACUUUUUUCAUUUCAACAAUGAUUUGGUUUUACUCUGAAGAUGAUUUCUAUUCACAUACAACUCUAUGUAACUUUGCAAGAAACAAUAAAAUCAUGACAAUCAUUCAGUGAUCAACUAUUCUGAUGAAAUAAAGUGUCAGAAAAAACAACAAAAAUUGUGUUUGUUCCACUGGACUCACUGGUCUGAAAGGGUUUGUGAAGUACAUUGUGAUGGCCAUAAGUCCUCUUUUGAAAAUGUACAAUCAACGGAGAUGCUGCCUCCGCAGCAGCGUCGGCGGUUGAGAAAUGAAGUGAUGCCUGACAAAGAUUUUGAUGAAAAUGAGGAAUCAUUACCACCUGUGGCUUUUAUUCCUAUAAAUGAAGACUGUGAAGAACCUAGCUAUGUUCGAGUACAUGAUGCAAAUGAAAGGGUUCAAGGAGCAGAGCCUACACGUGGUGGUCACAAUUUCCUCCAAUCCUCAAAGAUGCUACAUCCGCAGCAGCAGCAUCUCCAAUUGGGGAAUGAAGUAUCAUCUGCUAGACAUUUUGUUGAGCAAGAGGAAUCAUUGCCACCUGUUGUUUUUAUUCCUGUAAAUGAAGAGAGUGAAGAACCAAUGGAUGAUCGUUAUCUUCCAGUAGAUGAUGCAAAUGAAAGGGUUGAAGAAAUAGAAUCUACUCAAAGCAGACACAAUUUCGCCGAACCCUCAAGUGAAGAUAUCAUUACACUAGAUGACGACGAGGACCAGCCAACUCAUCAGCUGCACGGCACGUCCCAGCCCCCGGACGAAGAACCGGUCGUUAUAGACGAGGCCCGUCAGGCGAACGGACAAGAAGAAACUAUCGUGUCCGUUUCUGGCCGCCUGAGAAAGCAAGAACAUCGUCUUACGCUGGAUCUUCGGAGGUGGCCAAGAGAACCAGUGCAUCCCACUACCUGCCUCAGAAAGACUUUCGUGAUACGCUUGCUGGAUCGUCUUGAGAAUUGGCCUGAGAAGUAA